CCUUUAAUUAAAAACUACGAAUUUUUCAGACUACCAGUUUCUCCUUCGCGGUGGUGGUCGUAGGUUUUUUUUGUAGGUAGGGAAAAAAUAUUGAAGGGAAGAACAUGUCGGCAAACGACUGGACAGCACUCGAUCAUAAAUUGGAUAAUGUCGGGAAUCGAUCUGUGAUUCUUUACAAUGGAACGGCACUUGAUUAUGUCCUUGUAUGUUAUGAAGCGAAUAGGAUCACACAAUCUGGAGUAUGGAAGGGUGAUAAUCCAUUGGAAUAUGCGGUUCCUCUCUUCAUUUUGCAGCUGGUCCUUGUUGUCCUUACGACUCGUCUGGUUGAUGUUCUUCUCAAACCUUUUGGUGGCCAACCAAGGGUCGUUGCAAACAUCCUUGGUGGUAUAAUUUUAGGUCCAUCCGGCCUCGGAAGAAUUGAUAAGUAUGCUGAUAUGAUUUUUCCUAUUAGAAGUAUAUUGGUUUUACAAACAAUGGCAAAUAUGGGUGUCCUCUUUUCCUUGUUCUCAGUGGGUGUUCAAAUGGACCUGUCGAUUGUCAGACGUACGGGAAAGAAAUCGUUAGUAUUUGCUCUAGCUGGCAUGGGUUUACCAUUUAUUAUAGCAGCAGCUUCAUCUGCCAAGUUGAUGCAUCAUUAUCCUGCCAAGAAAAUAGGUCCAAUUGAUUACGGGAUUUUCAUUCUUUUCUUCGGUGUUGCUCUUUCAGUCACGGCUUUCACUGUAAUAGCUAGAUUUCUUGCAGAACUAAAACUUCUUAGUGCUGAACUUGGUAGACUAGCGAUGUCUUCUGCAAUUGUUAACGAUUUGGUGGCAUGGAUACUAUUAUCUGUGGGUAUAAUUCUAGCACGGUUUCAACAAAAUGCGAACAACCUUGGGCAUGAGGACUCACGUCAGGAUAUCCUAGCUGAUGCAGUAUGGGUUACACUUUCAAGUAUUGCGUUUGUGGUUUUUUGUAUAUUCGUAGUCAAGCCAGGGAUCAAAUGGGUCAUAAAAAGAACAUCUGGAGGAGAGAAUGUUAGUGAUUUCUAUUUAUGUUUGGUACUAACAGGAGUUAUGAUCUGUGGAUUUGUGACUGAUUCUAUUGGAACUCAUGCGUUUUUCGGUGCGCUUCUGUUUGGAUUGGUGAUACCCAACGGACCCUUAGCUUCGAAUUUGAUAGACUCAUUGGAGGAUUUUGUGUCUAACUUGCUGUUGCCAUUGUUUUUUGCUGUAUGUGGGUUGAGGACUAAUAUAAGAAGCAUGACUUAUUCAGCUAAUUGGUUCUGGUUGUUUAUGGUUACAAUUUUGUGUAAUCUCGCUAAGAUUGGUGCGAUUUUUUGCGCUGGCUUCUUCCAUAAGAUGCCUCACAGUGAAGGAGUCGCUCUUGGAUUGCUUAUGAACAUUAAAGGUCUUAAUGAAAUGAUUGUGUUGAAUAUUGCUAGAGAGCUGAAGGUAUUCAAGGAGGAAACUAUUGCACUCUUGGUGAUUGUAGCUCUAGUCUCGACCGCCGUUAUAAUUCCAACUAUAACUGCACUGUACAAAUCUGGAGGACGUUUUGUUCCUAACAAGCGUAGAACAAUACAGAAAUCCAAACCAGAUGCUGAGCUCCGAUUAUUAACAUGCAUCCACAAUUCUCGCAACAUCCCUGCAGUUACUAAGCUCCUUGAUAUCUCUCACCCCAACAAAAGAUCACCUAUCCACGUUUACGCCCUCCAACUUGUCGAACUCAGAGGCCUUGCUUCUGCCAUGCUUAUUGUCCACAACAGUCGCAAGUCAGGUCGCCCUGCCCCGAACAGAACCCAAGCACAAAGUGAUCAAAUUGUGAAUGCAUUUGAAUCUUACGAGAAAAAUGCUGCAUCUGUCUCUGUUGAACACCUCACCGCCAUUUCUCCUUAUUCGACGAUGCAUGAAGACAUAUGUAAUCUUGCCGAGGACAAAAAGGUUUCUCUACUUGUUGUUCCUUUCCACAAACAACAGACUAUUGAUGGAGGAAUGGAAGAACCAAAUCCAGAUUUUAGAAUACUAAAUCAGAAUGUACUAGCAAAUGCUCCUUGUUCUGUUGGAAUUCUUGUUGAUCGAGGAUUAGGUGCUGCAUCAAGAGCCCAGAAUGCCCGUGCUACCCACGAUAUUGUCGUUCUGUUCUUCGGUGGCGCUGAUGACAGAGAGGCCUUGGCUUAUGCUAUGAGAAUGUCAGACUGCCCUGAUGUUAACCUUACGGUUCUUCGUUUUAUUCCAGGGGAAGAAACAAAAGGGUGGUCGAGACGUCAUGACAAUGACUCUUCAGAUAAUGAUAUGUUAACUGUUGUUACUGAUAGUGACAGAGAUCGUCAGAUGGAUGAGGAUGUCAUUUGUGAUUUCAGAAUGAAAACAUCCAACGAUGAAUCGGUUGUCUAUAUUGAGAAAAUCACAAACAAUGGUGAAGAGACGGUUUCAGUUAUUAGAUCUUUGGAUAAUGUUCAUGAUCUUUAUAUUGUUGGAAGGGGACAGGGUAUAGUGUCACCUCUUACUGAUGGGCUUACUGAUUGGAGUGAAUGUCCGGAGUUGGGAGUCAUCGGGGAUAUACUUGCAUCGCCAGAUUUUGCGUCGUCAGUGUCAGUGUUGGUGGUGCAGCAAUAUGUGGGGAUGGGACUUCACGGUGAUGGGACAUCAUCAACAGAUAGUCCUGCACAACAACAACCAGCUGAACAACCAUUCGAGCAACCUUCGUUUAGAGGACCAACCAACAAUUAUGAUGGCCAUGGCAAGCAGCCAUGGCAGCAAGUUCAUCGUCGUUAGCUUUUGUGAACACGGAAAAAUCAGAAGUUAUUCUCAAAAGUUGGAUACCAUGAUAUGUUAAUAUCACAGUAGGGAUACAAUCAAAUGAUUUUAAAAUACGAUUCAACUUUGUAAAAUUUAAAGUAACACUAACGCUAGACUUUGAAUUUCUUAAUAUUUUGGCGAGUAAGAUAGAAGUAUUGGUUAAUAUUUUCGCUGUUAGGAUUGUGGAGACUGGAGAGGGUGUCCUGGCGAUAACCAGUCAUAUUCUGUUUUAGGCACGUUACUUCUUGUCCCACUACUCUUGGUUGUAUUCAUUGGCUGAAAAGAAAAAUGGACUGAUGAAAAGUUCAGAUGAGGGUGGUGUUUGUGGCUUCUUCCAUGACAAAAUGCAAACAGAAAAUUGAGGGUUAUAGUGAUAAAAUCGCUACUUUUGUUUAUUACAAUCUUCAUGUUUAAAUGGAAGGAAAAAAUAUACUACGUGUAGUGGUAACUAAUUUCCCGUUGUGUUUUAACUUUUGUAAUCUGGCUAGUUUGAGGACUAUUAAUUUAUCAUUUUUCUAGAA